GAGCAUGCGGUCCGGUCGCGGACGGUUGUCGUCUCAACCCAGCGGAAGCUGUUCGGAGAAAUGGCUGCCACGAUGUGGCUGCACGGAACGGCAAACUUGAAAAUAACGGAGGGGCUGAUCACUGUGCUGCAGAGAGACCGGCCGGAGCACUUACCGGCCGUGCUGGCGAGUUACCGGGAGCACGGGGUCGUCUCCUCACAGAGUGAAUCUGCAUUAGGAGGUCUGAUCGGGAUGAGCAAUGCUCAGCUGGGCUCCAUCAAAACCAGGUUUUCAGGUCUGUGUUUGCUGGCUGUGCUGGUCAGCGAUGGCUCUACUGAUCUCUUUCAGCAGCACUGCCUGUCCUGGCUUCGAUCGCUGGAGCAGACCAUUCAGUCCCAGGACCCCUUGCCCACGGUGGAGCUGGCUGUCUGUGUGCUCCGGGACCUGCUCCAGUAUUCCUCCCAGCUGCCAGAGCUGGCCAGGGAGAUCGGGCUCAACUCCAUCCCGGGGAUCCUCACCUCCCUGCUAGGCCUCAAACCGGAGUGCCACCUUGCGGCCAUGGAAGGUAUGAGAGCCUGCAUGAGUUUCUACCCAAGAGCCUGUGGAUCAUUGAGGGGGAAGCUAGGAGCUUACUUCCUGUCGAAGCUGGACUCUAACAGCCCCAAACUGCAAGAGAAGGCCUGUUCCUGCUAUGCUCUGCUCCCGUCUCUGGGGUCAGGGUUCACGCAGGGGUUGAGGGGUCACACGGAGGCCUGGACUCAGCAGCUUCACUGCCUCCUCCACACGGCGCACGGCAUUCUGGGACAGCUGUACGAGGGAGCCGAGACGGACCCAGUGCAGUAUGAGGGUCCGGGGGGCGAGCUGCCCUUAGCCCCUCUCAGUGAGAGAGACCCGCUGCUGGUGCUGCAGCUGAGACAGCGUUACAGUGGAGUGAGCCAGACCCUGUCUGCACUGCUGAGCUCAGAUGUGUCUGUCCCAGUGCGUCUCCCAGUGCAGAGUGUGCUGAACCUGGUGUGCCGGGCGCUGGCUGUGACCCCCAAAAACAUUGGCUGGCUGGGGGACGGGCCUGUCAAAGCGCUGGUUCUGCCGAGUGUGCACUCACACUCCCUGCACAUCCUGAGUGCACUCAUUCACACUGCUGGGGCCAGGCUGGUUCAGUUCUCCAGUGCUCUCUGUCGCCUCUUUGCUCAAACCCUCAGUGCCUGGAGUCCAGCCUGUGACACUACCCUGCCCGGCCAGCAGAGGGCGUACAGUGCUGUGCGAGUGCAGCUGUACAACACUUUGGAAUUGUGGGUGAAGGUGGGUGGGGCCUCUUCCGGUGUGCUGCAGGGGACCUAUCACCACGCCGACGUGCUAUUGGCUCACCUGAUUGGUGACAUCACUACAGGGGCCGACACGGUCAAGCUGCGUGCUGGGAGGAGCUCCCCGGAGCUGGCGGUGCAUUCUGGGAAGGCGGGGGUGCGGCGCUCGAAGGGGGCGGAUCUCAGCGAGGUGGGGAUGCAGCUGCAGAGGAAACAAGACGCUGGUGCCAAUCAAGACACAGCGCUGUCCGCCGUCACGGCUCUCAGUCAGAUUGUUCUGACCAGCGGGACUCUGCUAAAGGAGGAGAUUCACAAGAAGCUGCAGGAGCUGCUGAUUCCGUUGCUGGUGCGUUUGCAACAGGAGGGGUUUAUGAGAGGUCCGGGGAGUCAGCUGACCAGCCCCUACAGCAGCCCCCCUGCCCGGCGGGCGCUGUACCACCUCCUCCUCUCGCUGGUCCUCGCGCCCAGCCCCCAGCGCCCCCCCCCACUGCACUGCGGGGUGCGGCUCUUCAGCCAGGGCCUGGGGGACCCCAGCGUGGAGGUCUCCUCAUUCUGCCGUGAUUCCCUCACAGUGUGUAACUCUCUCCUGCACCCUCGCUCCCCCUCCCUCUCCCUCCCGGACCCCCUGCCCCAAACUCAGUCCCUGCGCUCACAGGCAGGAGUCCCGUUCCCCUCUGCUCGUGCCCGGACCCUGCCCUCACUGCUACCCCAGAAUCACCUGCCCUCCGAGCCCCUGCCGGGGGAGGGGGAGGCGGGGGGCGAGGGGGGCAGGAGGCCAGUGUUCGUUCGCUAUGAUAAAGAGGAGCCUGAAGAUGUGGAGAUCUCUCUGGAGAGUGACUCUGAUGACAGUGUUGUAAUCAUGCCAGAGGGACUGCCGGGCCAGAACCCCAAGCCAGCGGCACCGGCACCGGCACCAGCACCAGCACCAGCGGUUCCGAGCCAGAGGCCGCAGACUGGCAGGAGGACUGGCCACCAGCCCCAGCCCGUCCCGGAGCCAGGAGCCAGUCCGAAAAGCAGCCAGGCUGCGAGUAACAGGACUGGGAGCUGCAGCACUGCUGGGAAUGAUACUGACAGCAACAUCACAGCAGCGGCAGCAGGCUCUCCCGGGGAGGGGGGGGCUCCUGUCGUCACGGCAACGACGAGUGGGCUCGCCCCUCUGCCCCCCCUCAACGUGGUGGGAGGAACUGGGGCAACAGCGAUGGGGCAAGUGGCAGUGGAGUCACACCAGCAGUUACAAUUGCAGCAAAAUCCACCCCACCAAAACUCCCAGAGCCAACAACAGGAUGCUGUGAUCAAUAUCAACAGCUCGGACGAGGAAGAGGAGGAGGAGGAGAUAGACGAAGAGGACGAAGAUCUGGAGGAGGAAGAGGAGGAUCCCGAAGGGGAGGGGUAUUACGAGGAAGACGAGGACGAAGAAGACUACGAUGACGAGGAAGAUUACGAGGAGGAGGAAGAGGAGGGGAUGCUGGAAGGAGAGGAGGAGGAGGGGAUGAUGGAGGGAGAGGAAGAGGAGGAGGAGGAGAUGUUGGAUGAGGAGGAAGAAAUGGGGGAGGGGGUGUGUUUGGGGGUCCCGGGGGCUGUAGCGGGGUUCACGCUGGAAAGAAUAGAGGAGGAGGAGGAGGAGGAGAGAGGGGACGAAGGGGGGCCUCGGGAGGAGGGGGGGCCGACUGCCCUAGAGGAAGGCAAAGGGGAUGUGAUGUCAUCGCAGCAGGAGGGCCAGGGGAAGCAGGAAGCUGCUGCUGAUGUGACAGGAACCCUCGUGCAGGUACGAGACGAGGAGGAGGGACAGGGAGAGGAGGCGCCAGAGCAGGAAGGGGCGGGGCCGGAGCAGCAGGAAGUGCUGGUGUUGUCGCAGGGUGAGGUCGAGGAGAACCGGGAAGUGAUCGCGGCGGUCUCUCAGAUCCAGAUAGAGGCUCCGCCCCAGGAAGUGGAAAUGGGGCAGGAAGGGGAGGGUCCAGGGCAGCUACAGGAAGAGGAAGGGGCUGCAGGAAAGCUUCCAGAUGAAGUCGAAGCACCGAGACAGGAAGUCGGCCCUCUGAGAAAAGGGGAUGAGAAAGGAGGAGUGGAGAUGGAGGGAGGAGAGGUGAUCAAGCCCGAGACGGAAGGGGGAGAGAGGGAUUUGGAAGAGAGAGGGAUAAAGAGGAAGAGAGAAGAGGCAGCGCAAGCAGAGGAGGAGGAGAGUCUUGAGGAGAAAAAGCCCGAUUCAGACAGCACUGCAGUGAUGAUGGCUGCCUUUGUUGAUAUCUCCCCGGAGGAGGAGGAGGAGGAGGAGGAAGAAUGCACGGAGCUCAGUCCGCACUCUUAGAAACCCGGGACCAGAGAACAGCGCCAGACCUGGACUGCACUCCACCCGACAGAACAGAACAGAACCUGACUUUUUCUUUUUUUUUUUACUAUUAUUGCAGAGUUAGAAACUCACACUAGCCCUGC